AUGGUGCGAACGACUUUUGUGGUUUAUGUGGCGUUGACAUGCUUCGUGCAGUACUCGGUGGCCUUCAGUAUUCGGGACAUUAUUCACGGCAAACGCGCCGACGCCACAGGUAUCCGAGAACCACGUGAAAAAAGGUUCCUAAUUGUCGGGUUUCAAGUACCCUGCCCAACCUGGCAUCCGUUCGCUUGUCCCUCCGGCGAAUGCGUUCCCAUCAAGUACCUUUGCGACGGAUCGCCGGAUUGUUCCGACGAAUACGACGAGAACAAAAGCAUGUGUACGGCUGGUUAGUUUUUUUUUGUUUUAAAAAAAACUUUUGAGACUCUGGGCUAUCAGAUGGUUUUGAAAUUUUCAUCAGCCUUCAUUCAUUUUCCUAUUAUCUCUGGUCGAAAAAUGGGAAGUUGAAGGGCUUUUCAACUCGAACUGUGAACCCAAGAGAAGAAGGAAUCACAGUAUUAUAUUUUUAAAAAUUAACUAAGCUUAAUUCAUUUCGAGAUUUGAAGAUCUGAUUAUCUUGUCUCACCAAAAGAAUGAUUUUCAUCGUCCACAUGAACGAAAAAUGAACAAUUUACCUAAAGCUUCAAUUUGCGAGCUAUCUAAAUUUUUCAGUGUUAUUUAAAACCUUUAUUCGAGUUUUAUUAAAAAGUUUGUCUAAAUGAUUCUGAUAUGUGAUGCUCCCUACAAGAGACCCUAACUAAAAACCCUUUAUAGAGACCAAUUUUUGCGAGCUUUAGUGACCCCUGUAGGGGCAAGAGGCCUGAGGUCGCCCCUAUAAGGAGCCCUCUGAAUUGUUACGUAAAUGAAAAAUAAGUACUUUCGAUAAAGAGAAAUAGCAUACGAAUCAUUCGAUAUGAACAGAAAAAAAUAUAUCUUUUUCUUUUUACAGCAACACGACCGCCGGUGGAAGAGACGCAAGCCUUUUUGAAGGCGUUAAUGGCCGCCCACGGAAAAGACUUCCUCAUCAAGGUAGUCCGGGGAAUAUCAACCCAUCAAGUGGAAAUAGAGGAAAUGGACUUCAUCGCUUAUUCAAAAAGCCUGAGAGAAAUGUUCGAAGUAGAAGAAGCUAAUUUUUCAAAUUAUGAAGUCUUAUGAAAGGAAAACAUGUUUUGAAGGAGAUAAAGAAGGCUAAGUUUUGCUUUUGAACUUCAAGAAAGUUCAACUACCGCAUUGAAUUUUUGUUCCUCAAAGGAGGAGAGGCAACAUUUUUCUGAAGGUUUCCGAAAAGCUACAAAUCGGCCGUACUGAGCAACUUUGGAGGGGUCCUUUAAGGGAAGGUGAUAGGGGCCCUACAAUAACUUUCCUCAUAGCGACCGUCAAAUUACCCCUAUAGGGGCCUUUCAAAAAUUUCUCAGUAAUUUUGAAGGAACGAUGAAGGUUUAAAAAAAAAGAGAAUAUCAGACUUUAAUCUUACAUCCGAGUUUAAAAUUUGGACAAAAAUUUAAAAAAAGUCUUUUUAUUUUGCCCUCUUCUGGAGCCAAUCAUGUAUAAGGAUCUGGAAAAAACUUCAGUGUACCCAUAAGAGGUUGCUCAAAAACUACUUGGGAAGGAAACGAAAGUGGCCGCUAAAACAACCUUCAUAGAGGCCACCAGAGGUGGAGAAUUGGGAAGGCAGCCCUUGGCUUGGCGGCCAAGCCAAGCCAAAAAGCCAAAAGAUAGAAAUGAGCCAUUAAUUUACGUGGUCUUUGGCAACUAGGUCAAGUACGUGGCGAUAACGCCCUGAACUAAUCAUUAUCAAUUUUGUAUAUUUUGAAUUGUUUUUUUUUUCGCAACUUCCUGUUAACGUUUUUAAUCUACUGUAAGAGUUAUUUCAGCAGGGAAUUGUCACUGAAACGGGUCAAAAGGCUACAUUUUCAAUCUCACUAGAGAACAAUUUCGACAAAAAAAUUUUGAGAUGCUAUGAAAUUGAUGCAAAAUUAUUUCUCUUGAUUCAUUUGGUUUCCAAAAAAUUCAAAUGACUGAAAAAUCCUAUUACGCCAGGCCACCUCGUUAAGAGUGGAAGGCUUACAGUUCUCUAUCUGGAUUUUUCCGGUGGUAUGAAAAAAAGACCAACGAAAAUUCAAACGGCGACUUUUUCCGAUUUGUUCAAAUCGCUAGGGAACUUUCCGACGGACCAUUAGUCGGAAAGUUCUUCGUCGGAAAGCUCCCUAGCGAUAUGAAAAAAUCAGAAAAAUCGCCGUUCGAGUUUUCGCUGAUCUUUUUUUCAUACCAUCAUUUUUUCUUGUUUUUGUGUUUUUGUUAAAAAGUUUCAUACAUCGCUCGAAACAAGCGCUUCUAGAUGCUAGGGCGAUAUCGCCAUACAAAUGACCGUCGCGCCACGCUGACUUUUGAAAAAGUCAUUUCUGCCUUUUGGGCGUUUAUGGCUUGGCAGGCAGGGCGGCCAGAGGGCAGCCAUCCUCCACCUCUGGAGGCCACUAUAGUAGUUUUUGAGAGUCUAGAAGUACCACUUAGACUUCUAAAGAGGCGACUAAAUUUUAGUUACUUAAGUGGCCAUCAAUUCGACUACUAUAGUGACCACUGAAACGUCAAAACACUACUGUGGUGCAGGUUUUGUUCAUGGAAAUAAAAUUUUUUCUUCUAGGUAUUCGGGCCAAAAGCGAAAGCGGAACUGUCUGGCAUGGGCGGCGUCGACAAAGUCGCCGUGGCGCUCUCCCGUUAGUUUUGAUUAUUUUUAAGAUUCAUAGACUUCAAAAGGUUAAUUUUUUUUUUCUUUUUUUGCUGAGCGCUUCAUCAUCUAACAGCGGAACAUAUAAUUUCCACUGUUCAACGGUUUUUUCAAAUUUAUUUAUGUUACUACUGAAAUUUUCUUAAUAAAUCUGCGCAAAAUCCUUGAUAUAUUCUUUUUCUUUUUGAAAUAUGGAAUUUUUCAAGUUUUUCAACAUACACAUGACGUUUUUUUGGAGGAAUAUAGCCACGCUGGCUUCCAUCGGAUGACUGGUCGUGGUUCAGUGGAUAGCAAAGUGGUCUGUGGAGCCUAUAGUAAAGAUUCAAAUCCUUUUGCCGCCAACUUUUUUGUCUUUUUUUUCGAUGAUAUACGAUGUAAGUACAAUUUCGAUAGCCAUUUUUUAUCGAAAAGUGUAUUGAAAAGUUCUCUGUUGAUGCGAUACAUUCUACAAGGUCCAGAAAUUCAAAUUUAUGAACCCAAAAAAGCAUUUUUCGAUCAAACAUUGCUGUCGAACUUGUCUGAAAGGAUUUCAAAAAAAAAGGCAACAAAAAAUCUGCAAAAGGGUUGGUACCUUCACCAUAGGCUCUGCAGACUGCUUCGCUAACCUCUGCGCCAAUCGAUGAAACCAAAAUUUUCAUGUCUCCGAAAGUAAAAAUUUGAGAAAUUCCAGUAAGAACGGUAAAAUGACCAUUUUUUGAAUUCAACUCUUCAGUACAUCUUUCUUUUUCGAUGAAAUGUAGAGACUACAUAGAGUUAAACUACAUACAAGUUUUGGCAAAGUGGAUUGCUAUUUUUGAUUUAUUCAUGAGAAUCGCGAGUUUUUUUUUCCAGAAAUUGUUCUCGAUUAUUGUUCAGUUUAACGGCUAUGAAGUUUUUUGCAAUUUUCAAUUUUUUACAGAAUCUGCAAACACUGAAAAUUGAAAAGAAUGGCCCUUGAACUCCAAUACUUUUUUUUCGAGAAGGAAGACAUUUUUUCAAAACGUUCUCGAGAUGAAAAAUCUCUUCAACUAUUUAUCUAUACACUUUUAAGCUCAUAGCGAUUUGCAUCAGAAAUUAAUCAAUAUGAACUUCAGUGAGCAGUUAUAAUCAGACGAGCACCAAUUUUCGACGUGAAACAAACUUUGAAUCUGCUUUCCUACAUUUUUAAAAAUUUUCUUCUAGUUGGAGGAAAAUAUUGUUCUCAAGGAUGCUCUUUUUUUGGGCGUAACGGACUUGCCAAAACGCUUUUUUUGCUAGAAAAUUUUGAGGGAGAAAAAGUCGCGUGGGAGCAUCCAAGUGGACAACUCGAAGUCCCAUCGUCUGAGAACAACUCUCAAGGUGUCCCACGAAAAUAAUGUGAGCCGCGUUUGUAUCAAGGAUCCAUGAAUAUUUCACGGGAAUCACGUCGUCGAAUGGCUCGAUUUGCGAAUUGCAAAUUUUCUCCCCUCCCUUUUCAUUUCCUACUCGAUUGCACUGCUCUUACUUCCCAAUGAUUUUCACUAACAUCGAGGGCUCACCUCAGGCAUUAAAGUCUAUAAAACACUAAAAAGAUUCUCACAAGGAAGGUCAUUCAACUUUGCGGUUAUGGUUUUUCUGAAAAUUGGCCUGGACACUCUUUGAAGUACCAGAAGAAGAUCCUAAAGGUCUUUCAAAAAUUCCUAGUUUUUGAGAAAAAAGAAGAAAUUUAAGUCAAAGAAAACCCUCAAAAUCCGUUAAAAUGGGUUAAUUCGGGGCUUUGAGAUUCAUUAAAAACCCGGGAGUUGUGAAGGCUGAAAAAUUCAGAAUAUUUUUUUGUUACAUCAAAGAGUGUUUCGGCUAAUUUUCAAUAAGUUCUGAACAGCGAACGAAAAAUGACCUAGUCUUUAGAAAAUUUUUAAAAACUUUCAAUUCAUUUUUUGAACCCGAAAAAGGUGGCAAAAGUAUGGGAUUUUUGUCCUCUUGAAAGUUUGAAAGUUGAGAUGGUCCUAAUCGGCUUUCCUGCAACGCAUAGAAGUGGUUUUCUGCAAAAAGAUUUUGUUACUUCCUGAUUUUAAGUUUAAAUUUCGAGAGCCUCUUUUGACGCAAAAGUCGGUAAAAAAUAAACCUUUUUUUUCGGAACGGUUCUUGGAAAAUUUGUAAAACAGAAAACAGAAUAAAAAUUUCACAAUCGUUGUCCUCGGAACAGAACUUCACGAAUCACUGUUCGGACCUUGUUAACGAAAGCCGAGCUUUUCCGGGAAAUUCUAGGGAUCACUUAAGAGUGCUGCCGCUACUAAAGUGGUCACUAAAAAUGCUCCGAUACGUCCGAUUCGCUUUCGGUUUGUGUUACCAAGGUCCGUGUGGGUUUGACAGUCAUAGCCAAGAUGACUAAACAGGAGUUUUCAACUGGAAGAAGAUGAAAUUUUUAGAAACACCGACAGCAGACCUGUUCGCGAACGAGAUGAAGCUGGGCGACGCGGAAACGGCUCACAUGCUGGCCGUGAUGGAAGGGAUCCUCAACGGCUCCACUGACGAACUCACCUCCAACGAAGCCGCCGACUUCCGUUUCUUCGUCCAAAAGCUUCAUGUAAAUCAUUUUGAUUGUGUUCGUUAAAAACACACUUUUCAAUAUUUUGCAGGAGACGGGAUUCUUCUGA